AUGUCUAGUGAAUUUAUUAAAAUCCCACCGUUCUGGCCCAAGUAUCCUGAAAUUUGGUUCCUGCAAGUGGAAAAUCAAUUUACACUGGCAAACAUAACCAGUGACGCCACAAAAUUCAACUACAUAGUUGCCAAUUUAGACACAGCUUACAUAUUAGAAGUUAGGGACAUUAUUGUUUCACCAACAGCCAACAGAGAGCAACAAAAAAUUAAAAGACUACUUGAGCAUGAAGAACUGGGCGAUCGAAGACCUUCCCAGUUCUUACGACAUUUACAGUCUUUAGCAGGCAUAACGGUACCAGACAAUAUUGUAAGGUCUCUGUGGUUAGGUAGACUGCCACCGUCUACACAAGCUAUUCUAGCUACUCAAGCUAAAGCUAGUUUGGGCGCAGUUGCCGAGCUAACUAACACAAUAUCUGAAGCUAUAGCUCCUAGGGCCCAAAUUUCAGAAGCUUCUAACGCUCUUGAAAGCACCAUUGAUAAAUUGACAGCCGAUUUAGCUGACAUGAAAAUCCACUUGUCGCAGGCUCAAACACAAACAAGCACAUACCGUCGCAACCGCAGCAACUCAAGACGCAGACCAUAUCUUAGAGACCGUAGCUACAGUAGGGAACAUAAUAGUGACAUAUUAUGUUGA